UCCGAGUUUUCCGACCCAUUCCGACCAGCGUUUGUACCGGAGAUCGUGGGGUUCCGACCACGGUGGUUUGUUUACGCUAUGUCCCUAUGUCUACGCCGAGCCGCCGCAGAGAAGGCACGUCCCAGGUGCUCGCACCGUGACUGUGUGCAGGUUUUCCGCGCCAGUCGCCCUUCUUGUUCCGAAUAAUCAACGUCCCAACUCCAUGUUUAUCGUUUGCGCUUCAAAGAACUGGUGCUGCUACACGGAGAACUUCGUCUCGCACCAUGCCUGCCUUUUGCUUUGCGUACGGCUGUGCGAACACCGCCGGCCGAGACGAUAUUCUUGGACAGCCGCUCUCUGGAGAUGGAGCCAUCGGGCAAGUGCCAGGACCAAGUCAUUGUUGCAAAACAGAUCCCGAUGACAUCGCAGCAGAUCCAGUAUAUGAUGCAGCAUGGGGCCUCAGUCUGGAGUCAGGAAAAGCCGUAGAAACAUCACCAGAGCCAGCGUGUGAGCCAGGUCAUGUCACAGAUAAAUCUGUUCAAGUGCGACUACUAACCCACCAUGAAGCAUCACAAGCAAAUGAAAAGAAAAUGCUGUCAACAAGUUCUACACAAACUGAGCCUCAAGCUGUUUCUUCAGGUUCCUUGUUUGUUGAGUCACUGGAGCAGUCUUCCUCACUGGCGUCUGUACAAGACCACAUGCGCGCUCACACAGGAGAGCGUCGCUUUUCCUGUGACUACUGCAAUGCAUCCCUUUCACGAAAAAGCACGCUCAAUGACCACAUGCGCACUCACACAGGAGAGCGUCCCUUUCCGUGUGUCCACUGUGAUGCAUCAUUUGUGAUGAAAUCCCACCUUGUUAAACACAUGCGCAUUCACACUGGAGAGCGUCCCUUCUCCUGUGUCCACUGUAAUGCAUCCUUCACGCAAAAAUGCAUACUCAAGGAGCACAUUCGCAUUCACACAGGAGAGCGUCCCUUUUCAUGUAUCCACUGCAAUGCUUCCUUUUUACGAAAAGGCAGCCUCAAUGACCACAUGCGCAGUCACACAGGAGAGCGUCCCUUUUCCUGUGUCCUCUGCAAUGCAUCGUAUUCGCGGAAAGACUCUCUCAAACACCACAUGCGUACUCAUACAGGAGAGCGGCCCUUUUCCUGUGUCCACUGCAAUGCAACCUUUUCACGGAAACACUCUCUCAAAGACCACAUGCGUACUCACACAGGAGAGCGCCCCUUUUCUUGUGUCCACUGCAGUGCAUCCUUUUCGCGGAAAGACAAACUCAAUGACCACAUGCGCACUCACACAUGAGAGCGUCCGUUUUCCUGUGUCCACCGUGAUGCAUCCUUUUUGCAGAAGUGCCACCUCAUGAGACACAUCCGUAUGCACAAAGGAGAGCGUCCCUUUUUCUGUGUCCACUGCAGUGCAUCUUUUGUGAUGAAAGUCCACCUUGUUGACCACAUGCGCAUUCACACCAAAGGGCGUCCCUUCUCCUGUGUCCACUGUAGUGCAUCCCUUGUGUAGAAAUUCAACCCCAUGAGACAUAUCCGUACUCCCACAGAAGAGCAUCCCUUUUCCCGUGUCCACUGCAAUGCAUCAUUUGUGAUGGAACACUACAUCGUUCAGCACAUCCGUACUCACACCGGACGGCGUCCCUAGUCCUGUGUCCACUGCCAUGCAUCAUCUUCUCGAAAGUACAAGCUCACGGACCACAUGUCCCGUGAUCAUAGAAAGGCGAAGCCAUCAACGAGUUUGGGGCCUAAAGGCUAUCCUUAAAGGGGUACUGACACAAAAUUUCGCGGCCGAGGUAGCCUGCUGGGUCGAUACCCGUGUACGUGCAUGUACCAUCUGCAAAAUAUCGACAGCGAAUAAAGCUUGGAAGGUAUUUUAUAUGAAUAUUGAAGUUCGCGAGCGCGAUCCAGCAUUAUAGGCCGCACCUGGUGCAUUGACACCCUCGGAGGUGACCCGAGGUGACCCCCCUACUUCCCCUACGAAAUCGUUUCAGCCGGUACAAGUUAUGAUGACGUCGUAGCCGCCAUUUCUGUUUUGACGCGCUUCCCGACGAAUCGCUCCUCGCCAGCGGGUCAAACCUGAAGUGAUUCGCCACGUCGAAAAUUCAUUCCAUCCCCGCCGCAAGAAAAUCGUCGCCAUCAGACGACAAUGAGCCCGACGACGACAGACCGCGCGGAAAUCCGUCACUGUUCUGUGUGCUCACGUGACCGAGCGUUUCACUCGCUAGGUGGUGAUAGUUGCACCCUGCGGCUUGUCUAGCUUGUCGUUUUUGGAGCUCUGUGAAACCGAAACUGAGGCUGUGUCGGUAAUGAGGAGUUUGUAAUUAAUUAUCUGUCGCGCGCUGCAGCAAACGCUGUGCCGUGCUAUGACUAACAGGCCCCCAGCAACACAUUCCAGCAAAAAAACGCGGGGCGAAAAUUUUUGUGUCAGGACUCCUUUAAAGAAGGGGCGGUCUAGCAGGGACGGCGUAGUUUGUUGAUUAAGGGAGACAGUGAACUUGGUUUAAGGUGAGGAAAGACACUUGGUUUGGCAACUCACUAGCGAGAAUGGGACGUAGGCAUGGUAGGGAAGAGAAGUAGAAGAGAGUGGAAAGCAGAGGCCAGCUUUCCACUCUCUUCUACUUCUCUUCCCUACCAUCCAGGGGCACGGGGCGCGCGCCGGACAGCGCAAGGCGUCGAUGGUGUGCGGGGAAUGGAAAAGUACCCGAUGGUGUGCACCCCCCGCCACGUCGACGCAAGCCAUUGGCCGGAGAAAGGCGCGUGCCACGCGACCCGAGCCGUCGAGAAAGACCACAGGAGAAGAGAAAGGCAUUGUUCGGUGGAGUCGUCGAGGAGCAAGGUGGUGCAGGCCAGCGUCGCGUCCGCGACGGGAACAGCAGGGCUGAGUUCUGGAGGCAGCGUUGUGCAUGCCCCGGGAGGGUGGCCGUCGACCUCGGGGUCUACCGAGCGAGGCGUCCCGGGCUUGCGGCAGCCUCACCACGCAGUUCUCGUGGCACCUGCGGCACUACCACAGCUCGGCAAGACGACGGCGACCCACCGACAAUCACCGAAGAGCCACGCCGACAGUUAGAGCCCGUGGCACUGAGGAGAGGCCGACAGUUAGGCCUAACUGGGAGAGACCGGUGUUCUCCGAAAGGAAGGAAGCAUCGGCGAGGAAGACGAUCAGCGAGGCGUCUGAUCGACGGCGACGGCCCGGAGACGUCGACAGGAGCUGCGACGACGGGACCGGGCGUCGACUUUGGACCGCCAACCGAGUCAGCGCACACCGCGAACCGUAAGAACGCUCCAUUGGUAUCGCGAGUGACUGAGAGGCCAUAGUGGCCAGACUCUCGAGUUGAUAGGAGAUAGGCAUAGCUCGAAUGCUUUGCGAUGUUUGUUAGGCUAGUUUGUGAGUGCCCAUUAUCUUUGCAUUUCUGCACUCGUUACCUUUUUGUUGUAAAUAUUGAGUGCGUGUGUUUAUUUUGGUUUGCCGUGGUGUGUUAGAUAAAGUUUUGUUUGCAGUGCCACCACGGUGUCCCCCGACUCUUUCUCUCUCUCUCCCAACUCUAUUCCGACAUUGCAAGCGCUCCCGAGAUACGUGACAUAAGUUAGACAGUGAACUUGGUUUAAGGUGAGGAAAGACACUUGGUUUGGCAACUCACUAGCGAGAAUGGGACGUAGGCAUGGUAGGGAAGAGAAGUAGAAGAGAGUGGAAAGCAGAGGCCAGCUUUUCGUAGGUUUUUGGUUUUAUUGGCAGUGCAGCUGGGCACCCACUAGUUUUUCUAAUGGGCAGAGAAGGUACCCCAGCCUGUCGUUCAGUGUUGUGAGUAUUCAUUUCUCGUGAAUGUGGCUUCUUCUUUCCUUAACUUCUUUCAUGGCCGAUCCCCCACAGUGGGUUGCGCCAGGUUGACAAGGUCCAACCAACCAACUUCUUUCACUUUCGUUUCUCCUUUCGCCAACGACGUUGAGCCAUGCUCCUUUAUGGCUUGCAGAAGUACACGUUUUAUUCUAAAUCACUGCUACUUGAGUAUUGACACUAAUGAGCUCCAGGACGGCUUAACUCUCCUUCAGAAGAAACUAGUGAGUGUCCACAGGCACUGGGAAUCAUACCUUGUGCCUCGCACUUUGGAAGCAGACCCUCUGAACACUUCAUCAUAUCUGGAUUAUUAGAAGUGAAUGCAAUGGAGGAAGGUGCGCAGGCGAAAUAUUUAAAAAAAGGCCUUUUUUUUUUGCACUUUGUGAAGUGUCCCCUGUGCGUAUAUUUUUAGAUCUCCAGUGUUCAUAUAUCAAGUAAAUGUAAAAAGAAAAUAGCUCAUGCUCAGGAUAGGAAAUAAAAAAGCUUACAGACUACACCACUUUACACCCUUAAAGGGGAACUCCGGCGAUGUUCGAUAUUCAUCGAUUUCAAUUAAACUUUCAACAUAAUGUGACGGAGGCGAGAUGACGGUUUAAUGGAUAUUUACAACAGUGAAGUGGCAGCCAAACAAGAUGGAUGAGAAACCCCACGCGCAAGCGCUUCUCGCACACUCGUCGUCUUCAUCUUCGGAGAGCACCGCGCUAGCUCAUGUGCAUGACGCACCGUGACAUCACUCUCCCGCGGCGGAAGCGCCGUCAUGGCGCUUGGUAUGGCAGCGAGGGACUAGGAGGGCAAUACGGCUUCAGUCUGGAAACGUGCACAACGUUCGUCUGGUGUGAGGAGGUCGAAGAGGCAGUGUCCAGGGGUGUGACCUCAUAAUUCACGUCGUUGAGUUGUCGUAACACUUUAUAGGGGCCAUUGUAACGGGGGAGAAGCUUUUCUGACAAGCCGACCUGGCGGGAUGGUGUCCAGAGGAGGACCAGAGAUCCCGGCGGGAAGUGAACCUUUCGGUGGCGGCUAUCAUAACGGUCUUUUUGGUAUGCUUGCGACAAGGAUAGUCGGUCAUGGGCAAGCUGACGAGCUGCAUGGGCUCGAGCAACGAUAUCGCUGGCGUACUCAGUAGACAAAGGGUGCAGCUGAAGGAAGGAGCGUGUCAAAAGGUAACGCUGGAUGUUGGCCAAAUAGCAAAUAAAACGGUGGAUAACCAGCGGUGUCAUGUCGUGAAGAGUUGUACGCAAAGGUGACAAAUGGGAGUGCUCUGUCCCAGUCACGGUGAUCUGGGAAGACGUACAUUGAGUGCAUCUAAGUCGGCGUUCGGUUCAGACGCUCGGUCAAUCCAUUCGUCUGUGGAUGAUAAGCGGUGGUAAGCUUGUGCUCAGAGGAGCAGGCACGCAGGAUGUCAUGCACAACACGUGACAGGAAGUACCUCCCUCGAUCGGUAAGCAGCUGCCGGGGGGCGCCAUGAUGAAGAAUGGCUUCAUACAAGAGAAACUCAGCGACGUCAGUGGAGCAACUUGUUGGCAGUGCUUGAGUGAUGGCAAAGCGUGUGGCGUAAUCUGUGGCAACUGCAACCCAUUUAUUUCCCGAAGUGGACUUAGGAAAAGGGCCCAGCAGGUCAAGGCCAACACGGAAGAAUGGUUCCACGGGUAUGUUGAUCGGUUGUAGAAGACCGCAAGGCGCAGGGUAGUGCAGAGGGGCGCUUGCGGCGUUGGCAGCGGUCGCAGGCAGCGACUAGCGGACCACGGAACGGUACAGGCCGGGCCAGAAAAGGCGACGUCGCACGCGAUCGUAGGUAUGAGAGACACCAAGGUGACCGGCUGCCGGUACGUCGUGGAGUUGUUCGAGAACACUGGUACGUAGAUGGUGGGGUAGCACAAGUAGCAGUUCCGGGCCAUCGGCGUUGAAACUGCGACGGUACAGAAUGUUGUGCAACUCGAACAGGCGCACGGAAGGGUCUGGUGAAGCGGAGGUUAGAUGGUCGAUGAUGGAAAGUAACGAUGGGUCCCGUCGUUGUUCGGAGGAGACGCUCACACCAUGCCCUCCAUUGCCGACAAUGCGGCUGUGCUCCCGAGCUGGACAAAACGUUCGUGGUGACUAGGCACAAGAGCCAGCGGACUCGGGAAAUCGCGGAGGCAUUUGAGAUGAUCAGAAAGAAAGACACGGGCGAGCUGCCCUUCUAUCGCUUUGAUUGAUGAAGUGUCUUUCCUGGAAAGGGCGUAGUUUUGUUAGCAGGCACGUUUUUAUUUGUCAAUUAUCUUUGGCGCAUGUGCGGGUUUGUUGUUUUUCUCUUUCUUAGUCAUAUAUAUUUGUGAUUUUUCCAAUAAACGUUCAGUUGUUACAUAG